AUGAGCGCCGAGUUGACGCAAAAAACCCACGAGCUUAAGCUUGCUGAUUCUCAGCCUGUAGAGAACGAAGAGGUCGAUUCUGCCUCUGAAAACGAGGCUGGCGAGGCCACCGGAGACAAGAAGAAGAAAAAGAAGAAGAACAGCAAGAAGAAGAAGAAGAAGGGUCCGCCCAGCACCGGCAUUUCCCACCAGUUCCAGAAGGGCGUUUAUCCUGAGGGCGAGAUUUGUGAAUAUGCCGUCACCGAGAGUUUGAAUCGCAUGACUUCUGAGGAGAAGCGUGCGCUGGAGAUCGAUCACCAACAGCAGUACAAUGAUCUGCGGAAGGCCGCUGAGGUCCACCGCCAGGUUCGUACCUACGCCCGCAACAACAUCAAACCGGGUAUGCUUAUGACCGAUAUUGCCGAGAUGAUUGAAAACUCUACCCAAAGUCUUGCCGAGGGCGAUACUUGGAAGUCUGCUGGUACUGGUUUCCCAACCGGUUUGUCUUUGAAUGAUUGUGCUGCGCAUUGGACACCUAAUAAGGGAGACAAGACAAUUCUGCAGGAAUCUGACGUUCUCAAGGUCGACUUUGGUGUCCAUGUGAACGGCAACAUCAUUGAUUCCGCCUGGACCAUGACCUUCCAGGACCAGUACGAUCCCCUGGUGGCUGCUGUUUCGGCCGCUACCAACGAAGGUGUAAAGCAGGCCGGCAUCGAUGUUCGUCUUGGUGAUAUUGGUGCUGCUAUUCAAGAAGUUAUGGAGUCGUAUGAGGUCGAGAUCAAUGGCAAGACCUACCCCGUGAAGGCCAUCAAGAACCUCUGCGGCCAUAAUAUUGCCCCCUAUACAAUUCAUUCCGGCAAAUCCGUGCCCAUUGUGGCCAGUCCCGACCAAACCAAAAUGGAAGAGGGUGAAGUCUUUGCUAUCGAGACAUUUGGCUCCACUGGCCGCGGUUAUGUGGUUGGCCAGGGUGAGGUUUCUCACUAUGCUCGUUCGGGCACAGCUGGCCACCAGACGCUUCGUUUGGCCUCGGCAAAGCAACUGCUCAAUGUCAUUGACAACACAUUCGGCACUCUGCCUUUCUGUCGCCGAUAUCUUGACAAGAUUGGCCAGGACAAGUAUCUUUUGGCACUGAACAAUUUGGUCAAAGCCGGCGUCGUUACGGAUUAUCCUCCUCUAAUGGAUGCGCCGAACUCUUAUACUGCCCAGCUAGAGCAUACGAUUAUCCUUCGGCCUACGUGCAAAGAGGUACUGUCAAGAGGUAAUGACUAUUAG